CUUACGCCAUAUGCGUACGAAGGCAUCGCGAAAAAUUGGCUCUGUCACACAACCAGGAAGAAGGUGGGAUAGCCCUGCGAAGCUAACAUCCCCGAUCUUUCGGCACACUUUUUCUGAAAAGAAUGGGAUCAUCCAGGUGGAGGGUGGUAGCUGUGGCGUUCCUCAUUCUCGCGGGCUCCUUAUUUCCUGUCCAAGCAGAUGAACACGAACACACAUACACAGAUAAGGAAGAGGUAGUAUUAUGGAUGAACACAGUGGGACCUUACCACAACCGACAGGAGACAUACAAGUAUUUCUCUUUGCCCUUCUGUGUGGGCUCAAAGAAGACCAUCAGUCAUUACCAUGAAACACUUGGAGAAGCUCUGCAAGGAGUGGAGCUGGAAUUUAGCGGCCUUAACAUCAAGUUCAAAGAUGAAGUCAUGCAGACAACGUAUUGUGAGAUUGACCUGGACAAAGCCAAACGAGAUGCUUUCGUGUAUGCCAUAAAGAAUCAUUACUGGUACCAAAUGUAUAUUGAUGACCUGCCCAUCUGGGGUAUUGUUGGUGAGGCCGAUGAAAAUGGAGAAGACCACUACCUUUGGACAUACAAGAAAUUGGAGAUUGGCUUUAACAGUAACAGAAUUGUUGACGUGAAUCUUACCAGUGAAGGGAAAGUCCGACUCGUGCCUAACACCCGGAUUGCAAUGUCUUACUCGGUGAAGUGGAAGAAGUCAGAUGUGAAGUUUGAGGACAGGUUUGACAAGUACCUUGACCCAUCAUUCUUCCAACACAGGAUUCACUGGUUCUCUAUCUUCAACUCCUUCAUGAUGGUGAUCUUUUUGGUCGGCCUAGUGUCCAUGAUCUUGAUGAGGACCCUCCGAAAGGAUUACGCUAGAUACAGCAAAGAGGAGGAAAUGGACGACAUGGACAGAGACCUGGGAGAUGAAUAUGGUUGGAAACAGGUGCAUGGAGAUGUCUUUAGGCCCUCGAGCCGCCCACUGAUUUUCUCCUCACUCAUUGGUUCUGGAUGUCAGAUCUUCUCCGUUUCUCUCAUUGUUAUAAUUGUUGCAAUGGUUGAGGAUCUGUACACAGAGAGAGGAUCAAUGCUGAGUACAGCUAUUUUUGUGUAUGCUGCAACAUCCCCUGUCAACGGCUACUUUGGGGGAAGCCUGUAUGCAAAACAAGGAGGAAGGAGAUGGAUUAAGCAAAUGUUUAUUGGGGCCUUCAUGAUCCCAGCAAUGGUGUGUGGAACUGCCUUCUUCAUCAACUUCAUUGCAAUCUAUUAUCACGCCUCCAGAGCCAUCCCAUUUGGCACCAUGGUGGCGGUUUGCUGCAUUUGCUUCUUUGUCAUUCUUCCACUAAACCUUGUGGGAACAAUUUUGGGGAGAAACCUUUCUGGUCAGCCAAACUUCCCAUGCAGGGUAAAUGCUGUGCCAAGGCCAAUCCCUGAGAAGAAAUGGUUUAUGGAGCCAGCCGUCAUUGUGUGCCUCGGUGGAAUUCUUCCUUUUGGCUCCAUUUUCAUUGAAAUGUACUUCAUCUUCACAUCAUUCUGGGCCUACAAAAUCUAUUACGUAUACGGCUUCAUGAUGCUGGUCCUGGUGAUCCUUUGCAUUGUGACGGUGUGCGUCACCAUUGUGUGCACGUACUUCCUGCUCAAUGCUGAAGACUACAGAUGGCAAUGGACAAGCUUUCUUUCUGCUGCAUCCACCGCAGUUUAUGUUUACAUGUAUUCUUUUUACUACUAUUUCUUCAAAACUAAGAUGUAUGGGCUUUUCCAGACGUCAUUCUACUUUGGUUACAUGGCUGUGUUCAGCACUGCUCUUGGAAUCAUGUGUGGUGCGGUUGGAUACAUGGGAACAAGUGCCUUUGUGAGGAAGAUCUACACAAAUGUGAAAAUAGACUAAAGCGGCACCAAAACGGUGCAGCGUCAUGAUCAUGGAAUUGCUGGCGUGUAUCCUGGAAGACGGGCCAGCACACGACAUUCUUAGGGUUUUUUUUUCUUGCAAAGAUUGCGAGAAUCUCACUUUGUACAAUGUAGUUUUCCAUUUUCUGAAUGAAUUCCAACUCUGCAGCACCAAAGUGAACAGACGCAAAAGUUCUGUUUUUAUUAAUAGCCGCUUUCACAUAAAGGAACGUUGGGGGCAAAUGUAUAAGGCUUACAUGGCUUCUCUUCCAACCCAGUCCCACCUGAGACCAGACGACAUACAUGUUUGUGGAUGGAUGGAUAGUGCAGCUCUCUUCAGUGAAGAGGCCUAAGUAUGUUUGUUCUAUUGUGUCAGAAUACUGGGGAGUUGGCUUGAGUUUGACUUGAUUUCUAUUUUAUAUCUUUGAAGUCAGCUCACAGUAACGUUAGUACAGAGUGCAGUACUUUGUUCCCAUUUAUUUCCACUGCAAAUAAAGUAUGUAACUUGAGUCAAUCCCCCACUUUGGCGGUUCAAAAUUUUCUCGUUAAAGUAGCGAUCCAUCUAGUUAAAAUUAAGUCCUGCUGUACUGUGCAGUCCAGAACCAGGACCAGAUCGGCAGACUUUUAAAUGGACAUUUGAUGUGAUCCUAUUUACCUGGGUUUAGUCUUGUUUUCUUAAUGUUUGGGUUUGAAUGAAGUCUACAUGUAAAGAUAAUAUAUGUAUUGGGGGUGUGUAUAUAACCUUAAAUGUACCUUUAGCUGUAGAUCCCAAAUGUAUUUUCGUUGUACAGAUUUACUACAGGGUGUAUUUUUUUUUAAUGAUAAU